AGGGUUCGCGCCGUUGGAAGUUAUUUAGCUCAAACCGAACAGUGUACUCUCUCUCUCUCUCUCUCUCUCUCUUCUAACUCAUCGGCCAUCACAAACCCUAAUCCAGGGUUUUCUCCUCAGGGUGUAAGCCGAAGCAAGGAAUUUUUUUCAGCCAUGAGUAAGCUUCAAAGUGAUGCAUUGAGGGAAGCAAUCACUCAGAUUGGCAAGGAUGUCAAGGAGAAAAAGCGCAACUUCACUGAAUCCAUUGAGCUCCAGAUUGGGCUGAAAAACUAUGAUCCUCAGAAGGAUAAGCGUUUCAGUGGUUCCGUUAAGUUGCCUCACAUUCCUCGUCCCAAAAUGAAGGUUUGCAUGCUUGGUGAUGCUCAGCAUGUGGAAGAGGCUGAAAAGAUAGGCUUGGAGUAUAUGGAUGUGGAAGGGCUGAAAAAGCUUAACAAGAACAAGAAACUGGUCAAGAAACUUGCUAAGAAAUACCAUGCCUUCUUAGCAUCAGAAGCUGUUAUCAAGCAGAUUCCCCGACUACUAGGCCCUGGUCUCAACAAAGCAGGGAAGUUUCCCACCCUUGUCUCACACCAGGAGUCUCUCGAGUCCAAAGUAAAUGAGACUAAGGCCACAGUGAAGUUUCAACUGAAGAAGGUUCUCUGCAUGGGAGUUGCUGUUGGCAACUGCAGUAUGGAGGAUAAGCAGAUCUUUCAAAAUGUUCAAAUGAGCGUCAACUUUCUUGUUUCAUUGUUGAAGAAGAACUGGCAAAAUGUUAGGUGCUUGUAUCUGAAGAGUACAAUGGGGAAGCCGGUUCGCAUCUUCUAAGGAGUCUUUUAUUUGAGCUGUUCUACCGAGGAAUUUAGUUUGAGCAAAUUCCGAGAAAAGUUAUUCCUGGAUUGAACAUUUUUCCCCGUUUUUGUUAGCUUCCUAGUUUGUGAUACUUCUUGAAAUGCCAUUAGAACUUUGUAAUGCUUUGUAUGCUAUGUUUUUAUGGAGAGGAACUAUAAAUCAUCCAUUCAAGAAAGUUAAAACAA